CUUUGAACCUACUGAUUAAAAUUCCACAUGGCGAGAUGUCGAGCGACAUUGAACUGAUCCUACUUGAUGAAGCUCAGCAGAUCUUGGAAGAUGAGGCGCUGGCCCGGCGCCUAUCGCAGGAAGAGUUUGAACGGCUUGAAGGAGCCCCGGUGCAGGUCGACUCUGACAGCCCGGCGAGGACGAAGCGGAAGAGAACCCCAAGUAUUGACUUGGACCCGGUCCUCGGCAACUGGCCGGCAGAGGAACAGAUGUCAGAAGCCGCUCGAGAAGAGGUAGAACAGAUGUGGGCUCGCUGCCUCCGGGGAGAAGAACUUUGGGAUGAACUCGCGGGAGACUCCACUGACGAGGCUUACCAUCUUCAUGCCCUUCACUCUUUGCUGCAGGAGUUCCGGCGUGCACCAGCAGCUUUCAUCAAGGAGACCUUUGCCAAGGCUGGCUCAUACUCUGAGGCCCGAGCGAUGGUAGAGGACAGUGAAGAGGUCAAUGGCAACAAGACAAAGCGACCGCAAAAGUUAGCUCCUCCUUGCGAGAUCCCGAAGCUCUUGCAAAAGGAGAUGGAGCUCGGUCGCGAAGCAGUGGGGAUCCAGAAGGCGUUAUCAAAGCGGAAGCAGGUGAGAGCAGGACGGGUUGCGCAGCUUAAAGCAGUGGGCGGCCUUGGAACCUGCGGCUGCUGCUUUGAUGAUGAGUUGUUGCCGGAGGAGGAGCUGCGAUGCAAUGCGGCUGAGGGUCAUGGCUUUUGCAUUCCCUGUGUUAAACGUGCAGCAGCGGAAUUCUUUGGCCAGGGCUUGUUUACGCUGAACCUAUCUGCCGGCGGCUCGUCAUCUUCAGAGCCACCUCGUGUCAGUGCGACUGUCCUUCGCUGUUUGGACACUUCUGGCUGCGAAGGGCACUUCUUGGACUCUUCGCUACAGAAGGCUUUGCCACGCAAAGAUUAUGUCAGAUACUCAAGGCGAUCAGCUGCAUUGCAGGCAGCUGCCUCUGGCUUAGAAGAUUUGGUCGCGUGUCCCUCAUGCGACUUCAUGGUCCAGAUGAGUGACCGAAAUGAUGGGAUCGUGAGAUGUUUGGAUCCAGAGUGUGGGAAAAUCACUUGCCGCUGGUGCAUGCAACCAGAGCAUGGUCCAUUGAAGUGCGAUGAAGUGGAGAAGGACGGAGAAACCCGAAUCAGGACCUUCCUGGAAGAAAAGAUGGCAGAAGCGGUUCUGCGCAGGUGCCCAAAGUGCCACAAGCCGUACGAAAGGACGGAAGGGUGCAACCACAUCAGAUGCCCUUGCGGCACACAUAGCUGUUACUUGUGCGGGCAAGAGCUGGACAAGAAGCGGCCAUACGAUCACUACAAGGAUGGACACCUUGGAGGUGGCACCAAUGAUUCCAGCUCCAAGUGCAUUGUGUACGGCACACCAAAGUGGGCAGAGAGCAAAAAACAGAGAGAGGACAGCGACAGCUGGGCGGGCGACUGUCCCUGUGAUCGCCGAUGUGAUGCCUAUGCUCCCGGCGACCAAAGGGGUACCACACCAGCGACCGGAGGGGUGGAGGCUCCUAAAUGUGUCAAAAUGACCUGCCACAGCCACAUCGGAAGGACAUGGCGCUUGGUCGGGUGGCAUCCGAGGCCGAAGCGGCGCUGCGGAAAUAUUUGAGCGAAAAUCCCGAACUCCAAGAGGUGGCCAAGGCCUCGAGCCAUGCGAAGCGGAAGAGGUUGCAGGAAAUCAUGCAACUUUCUCCGCUGAAUGCGCAGAAGAAAAAGAGAAGCUCGGAGGAAUUCCUGUCACCCGAGUUCCAGCGAGCUUGCUUGAUUCAAUGAUGCCAUCUCCACAAGUGAGCUUGGCAAAGGGGCACUUUCUUGCGGAGAGUUUGGGUGGACCUUUGCGCGAGCCCAUAGAGCAUAUUCACAGUCACCUCUGGGCAGGUGCCGAAUAUGUGAGAGUCCCAUGAGUGAUCGGGGGAAGCAA